AUGAGCACACUAACGCACAACACGGUAGACCGGCUUGACCGGCCUAGUGCCUACUAUAUCUCAAAGAACAAGAGGCGCAAGUUUCAGGAUGAACUCGAAUCGCAAGAAGAGGCCCCCGAUCCGCUAGCGAAUGCGACCACUCUUUAUGUGGGAAACCUUUCCUUUUACACGACAGAGGAGCAGAUCCACGAACUUUUCUCAAAGUGCGGUGAGGUCAAACGCCUUGUUAUGGGACUCGAUCGGUUCAACAAAACACCAUGUGGCUUUUGCUUCGUUGAAUACUACACGCACCAAGAUGCCCUUGACUGCUUGAAAUAUGUCGGUGGCACAAAACUCGAUGAGCGAAUUAUCCGGACGGAUCUGGAUCCUGGCUUCGAGGAAGGACGACAGUAUGGUCGGGGCAAGUCUGGUGGCCAAGUUCGAGAUGAAUACCGUGAAGAAUUUGAUCCCGGCCGUGGUGGUUACGGUCGAGCCUACGCUGACGACCAGCGCAGACGGGAGGAGGAAGAAUAUGGAAAGGGUAAGUAA